AAAAGAAGGACUUUUCUAACAGACGUCCCAAACAAUCAAGGGAAAGCAAGACUCCCUUUUUUCUCUUUCUAGUUUUAAUAUUCAAUCGAAUCCCCGACAACUGAUUGCUUCCUGAAUCUGAAAACGCAAUUGCUUCCAAGUCUCCGCCUUUCUCGAAUCAAAUAAAUCUCACUUUCUUGCAAGGAUUGACCUCCCUCGCCAUGGUCACCUCGUGCUCUUUUGCCUUUUUGUCGUUUUCAAAUUGGGUUUUCUUGAUUAUUUUAAAUUCGUUGGGAUUGGGGUUGGGGGAGUGGGUGGUUGUUCCGUAACUGUCCAAUGGGACUCCUUUCUCUAGCUUCCCAGUUCAAAAUUUCAAAUCUCGCCGAGGAGAGGGAGAGGGAGAGGAAGAGAGAGUGAUCCCUCACUCUCAUGAAUGAGCCUGUAUUAUCCUGUGAUUUUUUUUCUUUCUGGUAAUCCCCGCAAGAAAGAUUGAAGGGUGUUUAAAGUUGGUGGGCAAAGAUCCUGGUGGGUACUCUUGAAGCUUCGGGUGGUGGGAAAGAUGAGACCCAAUUGGGAGCUCAAGAACUGUUGCAAUCACGAGCAAGUUGUGUUCUUGAUCACCGUCUCUGUUUGCACUGUCGUUAUACUCGCGUUUAGAAACAUAAGAACUUGGCAGCUAUGGAGGACAAUUUUGCUGAAGCCAUUUAAGCUCAUAACAGUAUUUCUUCACGAGGCAAGCCAUGCCAUAGCUUGUAAACUAACGUGUGGCCAUGUGGAAGGAAUUCAGGUUAAUGCUGAUGAAGGUGGAAGUACUCAAACUCGUGGUGGAAUAUACUGGUUCAUCCUGCCAGCUGGAUAUCUCGGCUCAUCAUUCUGGGGAAUGCUCUUUAUCCUUGCUUCUACGAAUCUUCUUACAGCUAGGAUUGCAGCAGGUUGUUUGCUCGUCGCUCUUGUUAUUGUGCUAUUUGUGGCUAAAAAUUGGACGCUUCGGGGGCUUUGUAUAGGAUUUAUGGUAUUCCUUGGUGUGGUUUGGCUUCUCCAAGAAACAACCAAAGUUCGAACUCUUCGCUAUGUCAUUAUGUUCAUCGGUGUAAUGAAUAGCUUGUUUUCUGUUUAUGACAUAUAUGAUGAUUUGAUAUCUCGAAGAGUCCACACCAGUGAUGCAGAAAAAUUUGCGGAAGUAUGUCCUUGUUGCAAUGGUGCUGGAUGGGGUGUGAUCUGGGGUUUGAUAUCAUUGCUGUUUCUUUCCGGGGCCAUGUACCUUGGUCUAGUUAUCUUGUCCUGAGAAUCCUUCAGGGUGUUCGAAUUAGUGCAUGGUCUCGUUCUGCUACCUGCAAUCAAUGAAUUAUCCUUGAUGAUAGUUGUCUGAAAAGUGGUGCUGCCAAUAGACCUCCAUCAAAAGUACACAAUACUUGCGCAAGGCAUUUCAAACCUAAACAAUACUGUUUCUGCAUUCAUCAAAUCCUUAGAAGAAACCACCAUCUAUGUUUGCUGCAACCUUUAAUCAAUUUGAUUUUUUGUUAGAAUUCUUCCUCAAUCUUGACUUGUAUUAAUGCCCUAGAAUCUUUUUUCCACUUAGUUCUCCUGAUUUUGACCAGUUUGAUUUUAGUUGACGACGAUAUAUCAUCGUACUUUAUAUGAUUUCGACAUAAUAAGCACAUACCAGA